UCAUUUCUCAACAAUUCCUCACCGCAGGAGCCUCAGAAGCCCCCACCAGGCCAGCUCUCCUCCUGCCACAACUCCCCACAGCAUGAAGGUCUCCGCGGCUGGCAUUACCUUCUUCUUCCUCAUCACCAUCGCCCUAGGUGAUGGUGAAUUCAAGACUGAAUUCUCCUCAGGGGGACCUUACCAACCCACGGAGUGCUGUUUCGCCUACACUACUCACAGGAUCCCCCGUCAGCGGAUUGUGGCUUAUUAUGGGACCAACGGCCAGUGCUCCAAGCCUGGAAUUGUCUUCGUCACCAAAAGAGGCAAAUCCAUCUGCGCCAACCCCAAUGACCAGUGGGUCCAGGACUAUAUCAAGGGCAUGGAGGAGAACUGAGUGCCCCAGAGUGGGUGGAGAAGGCACAGCUCAGAGAAGGCACAGCUAAAGAGAAGAUGCCAAGGCCCCCGUCCUCCGCCCAUCCCUAACUCUCAGCCCCAGCAACCCUCUGGGAGCUUCCCUGCCUUGAAUUAAAGACCACUCAUGCCCUUC